CUCCCCCGCCGCCGCCAUCUUGUAUUCGGGUCGGCCCGAAGCGGCGCUCUGCGCUCUCUCUCCCUCCCUUUCUCUCUCUCUUCUUGUGCUGGCUGGACGCCGCGAGGCCUCGAGGAGGGGGAGGCGACGGAAACAGUACAGCUCCCUCCCUCCACGAUGACAGAGAUCAGCGAUCUGGACCGGCAGAUCGAGCAGCUUCGACAGUGUGAGCUCAUUAAGGAGAAUGAAGUCAAAGCACUGUGUGCCAAAGCCAGGGAGAUCCUCGUAGAGGAGAGUAAUGUGCAGCAGGUGGAUUCUCCAGUGACGGUUUGUGGCGAUAUCCACGGUCAGUUCUAUGACCUGAAGGAAUUAUUCAGGGUGGGCGGCGAUGUACCAGAGACCAACUAUCUGUUUAUGGGAGACUUUGUGGACCGAGGGUUCUACAGCGUUGAGACCUUCCUGCUGCUGCUUGCUCUGAAGGUGCGAUACCCUGACAGGAUCACCCUGAUCCGCGGGAACCACGAGAGUCGACAGAUCACACAGGUCUACGGUUUCUACGAUGAGUGUCUGCGGAAGUAUGGCUCAGUCACGGUGUGGCGGUACUGCACUGAAAUCUUCGAUUACCUCAGUCUCUCAGCAAUCAUCGACGGGAAGAUUUUCUGCGUGCACGGCGGUCUCUCUCCCUCCAUCCAAACGCUGGAUCAGAUCAGGACAAUCGAUCGUAAACAGGAGGUCCCUCAUGACGGGCCCAUGUGUGAUCUCCUGUGGUCAGACCCUGAAGACACUACGGGUUGGGGAGUGAGCCCGAGGGGAGCUGGCUACUUGUUUGGCAGUGAUGUCGUCACUCAGUUCAACGCUGCGAAUGACAUCGACAUGAUCUGUCGGGCCCACCAGUUAGUGAUGGAAGGUUAUAAAUGGCACUUUAACGAGACCGUGCUCACAGUCUGGUCUGCACCGAAUUACUGCUACAGGUGUGGGAAUGUAGCCGCUAUACUGGAACUGGAUGAGCAUCUCCAGAAGGAGUUCAUCAUCUUUGAGGCUGCCCCUCAGGAAACCCGCGGCAUCCCUUCCAAAAAACCCGUGGCCGACUACUUCCUGUGACCCCACUCCCACCCACCCACCUCCCCCCCACCCCCCUGCCCCAGCGAGCGGACCCCAAUGUCAGCCAUCAUCGCCAGCCCCAGCUCCACCCUCCGAGGGCCCCCCCCCCCAGUCCCAGCUCAUCCCAGGAGCAGGCUCCCAGCGAUCGAGGGGACACUGGGCGAUGGGGACCUCACCGGGUGGGGGUGGGGAGCUGCUACAUCCAGGAGGAGGUGGCUUCACUCUGGGUUCGGGCACGUGUCACUGUGGCCCAUCCCUCCGCACACACACACGCACACACACACACCCCCUAACACACACACACACCCUAACACACACCCCCUAACACACACCCCCUCUCUCUCUCACACACACACACACACACACACACACACACACACCCUAACACACACACGCGCGCACACACACACACACCCGCUAACACACACAGCCCCCUCUCUCUGUUUCUCACGCACACACUCACACUCUCUCUCACACUCUCUCUCACACUCUCUCUCACACUCUCUCUCACACUCUCUCUCACACUCACACUCUCUCUCACACUCACUCUCACUGUCACACACUCUCACACUCACUCUCACUCACUGUCACACACACACUCACUCUGUCACACACUCACUCGCACUCUGUCACAAUCACUCUCUCGCUCACUCUCUCGCUCACUCUGUCUCUGUCACUGUCUCACUCUCUCUGUCUCACUCUCUCUGUCUCACUCUCUCUGUCUCACUCACUCUGUCACUGUCACACUCUCACUCACACUCUCUCAGUCACUCUCUCUCUCUCUCUCUCUCUGUGUCUGUGUGAGUCUCUGUCUUCCUGUCUCUCUCAGAAGCACACACAACCUCAUAUCCACGAGAGACACAUGCCCACACACUCUCAAACUCCCCCUCUCCCUCUCCCUCUUCCCCCCACCCCCCACACUCCCCCCGGCCUGGUUGCCGGUAUGCUUUCCCCAUGACCCUUUUCCCCCCUCAGUCCUUUGAGCUCCUGUCCCACCUCAGGACCCUCGGCCACACACCCCCCAGCAGCAAGGACUCUCCCCAGGCUACGGGUCUCCUGCAAGCUGCAGACUGUCCUGGUGGGGUGGGGGUGAAAGAGCACCCCUGCCCCCACCUCACCCAAGGGGACGUUGCCUCUCCCUGAUGGGGGUAAGGGUCACCCCCACACACACACACACACACACUUGUCGAACUCGGUGGGUUGGGAAUCCUGGGAGGAAUGACCUCACUUUGGUGACCACGUGGUCAUUAACUACUUUUGACAGAUCUGUGACAACUCCAUCUGACUUGAGAUCGACUCGGCAAUGUUUUUAAUGAAAGGUUCACUCUUCAAAUAAAAUCUUCAAAAAAAAAACCAAUAAAAACUGCAAAAGUUCA